AUGUUGAAGUAUAUUUUGGCAAGAGACGCUUAUUAAUAGAAGUUGAUAUUGAUUUUCUCGCAACAAAACGCUGAUAUUAAGUAAAUCCAAGAGAUAUCUCAGUCAGAAAUGAAUUCUCUACUUAAUUAUGGUAGCGAUGACGACUGUGAGGACUCUUCAGAAGAAAAACCGAUGGACCCGCACAUGAGCGGAAGAAACUACCGGAAGCCCUGGUUGUUGAAGCAGGACGAUGCCAACUACGACGAGGUGCAGAUGAGUCUGAGCGAGGACUCGAACGACGAAUCGAAGACCCCCAGGGAACAGCAGAGGAGGCAGCAGCAGUCCCGUGGCGACGAAACGCGCAGGGACUUCGCCCGUAAGUGGGACGUUCGGGACAGCCCUAAAUCAAGGGAUGAGGCCAGAUCUCAUAAAGAGAGAAAGGACGAGAGAUACGCCUCGAAAAACGAGAAAGAAGACGAUAGAUCUAAGCAGCGGGAGGGCAGCAAGGAGGACGAACGUACCAGGGACAGGUACCGCUCGGAAAAGGACGACGAGCGGUCCAGAGACAGGAGGGACGAGAGGAGGGGGAAGUCUAGGGAGAGAUACAACAGAGACGAUAGGUACAGAAAAGAUCGUGACAGAAGGAGAAGUAGGUCACCCAGAGAAAGAGACAGGAAGCGUAGCAGAUCGCCCAGGAGGGACAGAUCGAGGUCGAGGUCUAGAGAUAGAGGCGGCAGAGGGGGCUAUUCUAAGAGAUACGAUAGGGGCAACAAGGAACGAUUUGAUAGAACGGAUCAACAAAAGAACGAGGAGAAGAACGAGAACAAGGACAGGUUCUUCGUGCCCGGCAUCACGGGUCGCUUCAGAGAACAGAUCGAGAAGAGGAAGCUAUUGUGGCAGAAGAAGGAACCCGAGGCACAGCUGCCUGCGGCGGGUCCCCAGAACCCAAUCGCCGGCGGUUCCAGGAUUACAAAAGUGUGGGAAGCGACCACCUUCGCUCAGGACACUGACGGUAAAGUGGCCAAUAAGUUCAAGAGGCUGAUGGGCAUAAGGAGCGUGGGCGAGGGCAGCAAUGUGGGCACGGAUGUGCUGAAGAAGCAGGAGGAGAUGUUCAGCUCGAUGGAGCAGCAGUACGAGGUGGCGAGGACGGCUACACACACAAUGAGGGGCGUCGGCCUGGGUUUCGGGAGUUACCAGCGAUAAUUGUGGGGUUUCGUUUUGUAUUUAUGUAAAUUUUCAAGUGGUUGAUACUAUGUAUUCGAGGUGUGAAUGAUAUUUGUAUAAAUUUUUCUUUCGUUGCAAAAAAAUCAUCGAAGAUACA